AAAUUUAACAGUUUGAUAAUCGUUAGCUUCAAUUUUCACAAAAGAGACAAAGGAAUAUUAUAUUUAUGAAUUAUGACAAACCAACCUGCUAUACUAUUCAUGCAGAGGAAUUGGCAUUUGGCAAUUCGCAGUUUUGGAAGCUUGAGAAUCCAUGCUACGUUACACAUUUGAUCAUCGGUUUAGUGGUACCAGUCCAUGACUAAUUGUUCAUAAAUCAUAACGUAUAUCAGGAUUUUGUUUUGGAAGAUGCUACACUACUGUAAACCUAGAAGAGGGGGUGUAACAUCGUAAAAGAACGGAUUUCUGAGAUUGGAUGUGUGAUGUGUGAGGGCUAAUUCAUUGAUUCAACAAUGUCUACGAACCAUGACCGGUCGGAAUCACAAAACGGCGACAAUCCAGAUCCCAAAUCUCCUCCACCCGAAGACGCUGCGAUCCAAUCGACGGACGGGCCAUCACCUGGCAACAAUGUGGAUCACCAUUCGAAGCUCGACCAAAUCAUCCCGUCCAAUGAUACUGAUAUGGAUUCCACCGAUGUUGAUCCAGAACCGGAACCGGAACCAGAACCCCCAAAAGAACCAACACUUACUGUGCUACCGAAAGACCAAAUCAUUGCGUCCAAUGAUGCUGAUAUGGAUUCCACCAAUGUUGAUCCGGAACCGGAACCCCCAAAAGAACCAACGCUUACUGUGCUACCGAAAGACGAAGCGAAACCGUCUGUCGCUAUGAGAGAAUUGUUAGGUGAACUGAAGAAUGUCGAUGUCAAUGAAGAUUCUCCAUCGGCCGCAGUUGCCACGCCUUCUCGUAGUCAAGAUAACAAACAACCUAAAGGACGAAAUAGUGCUGCCAUGGCCUUGAUUAAUAGUAUCUCGAGUUCUGACGAAGAGGGAAGAACAAGGCAACGAAUGCUUAAGUUUGCUGCAAAGAGGUACGCAAGUGCAAUAGAGAGCAAUCCAGAUGAUUAUGAUGCACUUUAUAACUGGGCGUUGGUUCUUCAGGAAAGUGCAGAUAAUGUUAAUGCAGAUACUAAUUCACCUUCCAAAGAUGCUUUACUUGAAGAAGCCUGCAAAAAGUAUGCUGAAGCUACCAAUUUAAACCCUGCCCUUCAUGAUGCUUAUUAUAACUGGGCUAUUGCCAUAUCUGAUAGAGCCAAACUCCAUGGACGCACAAAGGAAGCUGAAGAACUAUGGAAACAAGCAACAAAGAAUUAUGAAAUAGCUGUCAAACUAAACUGGAACAGUCCACAGGCUCUUAACAACUGGGGACUAGCUUUACAGGAAUUAAGUGCAAUUGUUCCUGCACGUGAAAAACAGACUAUAGUAAGAAGUGCAAUCAGUAAGUUUCGUGCAGCAAUACAGUUGCAAUUUGACUUCCACAGAGCAAUUUACAACCUUGGCACUGUUCUGUAUGGAUUAGCAGAAGACACAUCAAGAACUGGAGUACCUGUUGUUGGAAAUGAGAUUCCUUUCAAUGAAUUAUACAGUCAAUCUGCUAUCUAUAUAGCUGCUGCUCAUGCAUUGAAACCAAAUUACUCAGUUUACUCCAGUGCCUUGAAGCUUGUCAGGACUAUGCUUCCUUUACCUUAUUUAAAAGUGGGUUAUCUUACAUCCCCACCAGUGGGGAAUCCAGUUGCACCACAUUGUGACUGGAAAAGAUCCAAGUUUGUUUUGAACCAUGAAGCGCUUCAACAGAUUCAUGAUGAUCAACAAAAACAAAUAUCUGGAGAUAGAACGAGUAUCCGAGUUGAAAUUCUGAAUAUUGUUUCAGUAAAAGAAUGCUCAGAUUUGACUUUACCACUUGGUCCUUCCUUCUCCAUUGAUACAAUUCAUGAACCAUUCUUCUUGAUUGCAGACUCACGCGAAUACAUGGACACAUGGCUCGAUGCUAUUCGCCUGGUCUACACAAUAUUCGCCCGGGGGAAAACCGAUGUUCUAGCUGGGAUAAUAACAGGAUAGAAUCCUAUUCCUAUAAUCCUGUUUCACUUGAUAUUCUUUAAUUCUUUUGCCUUUUUUUCUUUGUAUAAAAGUUCAAUCAUUAUAGAAUAAACUCCAACUCAGCAUUAUUCAACACGUCAACUAUGGUUAACAAACAUUACUAGUUUACUACUACUGCCUCUAAUCUUUCCCAAAACUAAUCACAAAAUUUAUAAAUCUAAGAAGAAAAAAACUUCAUACAAAUCGGAGGCCUAAUUUUGGCCAAUGCAAGAACCGAAGCUGGUAGGGACCACAUACCUUCACCACAGAUCAAACCAGAAGCAACCGCUGGCACCAUUGAAUCCGCCUUUUUAGCAUUCACCUUGUGCCACAUAAACACAAUCAAACUCCCAAUACACAUAUCAAUAGCAAAAUACCCACCUACCAAAAAAGGAACAGCCAUACAUAUAGGCAAUGGCAUCCAUUUCCCUAUCUUUUUAGGCAACAUAUCUUUAAUCAUAUUAAUCAACACAGCAAAUGCGAAAAAACCAUAACAAAGGUCCAAACAAUGUUUAGGUAAAGCCGAAAAACCUUGCACCCCAAGAAUCGCUAAGUUUCUGUAGAUUAUCGCGUAUGGUGCUUUGUAUUCUCCAUCAGGGUUUCCAAUAUCAAAAGCUUUGUAGAACAAAAAGAAGCUCAAUGGUGACACCAAGCACCCUAUUGCUGUCCCGAUUGCUUGACUCACAAGCAUCGUUCUUGGAGAAGUCAACGUCAGUUGACCGGUUUUCAAGUCGUGCAUCAGAAUGCAAGAAACCGAAACCACCGAUUUCACCAGCCCACAUCCCGCCAUUCCCGCCACCACACCGUCCUCUUUUCCCGCCAUUGCCGCCAUCAUGAAAAGCCCGAUUUUCCCGUAAUUGUAAGCCAUGUUGAUGUCGGUCAACCCAGCUCCAUACGCGUUACAGAAGGCUAAAGAUGGAGCAAAUAUGUAGGAGAUGAUGACAUAAUACCAUUUAACUUCGGGAAACAUGUAUGGGAUUGCAAUCACAGCGAUUAUAGCUAAAGUUAUGUAUCCGAUUGCUCCUAUUGACAUGGGAAUGUUUUCUCUUAAGAAAACCUCGUUUUGUUUUAGCUCAAUUUCACUCACCUUCUUCUCGCUAACUGGAUUCAGGCUUUUGUUCUUGAAUCUUCCGUGUACACUCAUGGAUGUGAUGUAUAGUAUCUUGACGAAGUUGUAUAGACCAUCUCCUAGGAUCAGAGCAAUGGAAAUAAAGGCUUUGUAGCCAUUGAGACUUUUCAUGCUGCUUUCAGGCAACCCAUCAGGAUACCAGUCUCCUUUGUUUUUUCCAAUUAAGGGCCACAUUAUACCCCAUGAAAU